GAAAAUGGCGCCCAGCUCGAAAUCGGAGCGGAACAGCGGGGCCGGGAGCGGUGGCGGCGGCCCCGGGGGCGCCGGGGGGAAGCGGGCAACGGGGCGGCGGCGGGAGCACGUCCUCAAGCAGCUGGAGCGGGUCAAGAUCAGUGGGCAGCUCUCUCCUCGCCUCUUCCGGAAGCUGCCACCCAGGGUCUGCGUCUCUCUCAAGAACAUUGUGGAUGAAGACUUUCUCUAUGCAGGACACAUCUUCCUGGGCUUUUCCAAGUGCGGCCGUUAUGUUCUCUCCUACACCAGCAGCAGCGGGGACGACGACUUCUCUUUCUACAUCUACCACCUGUACUGGUGGGAGUUCAACGUCCACAGCAAGCUCAAGCUGGUCCGGCAGGUACGGCUCUUCCAGGAUGAGGAGAUCUACAGUGACCUGUACCUGACCGUGUGCGAGUGGCCUAGUGACGCCUCCAAGGUCAUUGUCUUCGGCUUCAACACUCGCUCAGCCAACGGCAUGCUCAUGAACAUGAUGAUGAUGAGCGAUGAGAACCACCGGGACAUCUACAUCAGCACCGUGGCCGUGCCGCCGCCAGGACGCUGUGCCGCCUGCCGGGACGCCAGCCGCGCCCACCCAGGUGACCCGAGCGCGCAGUGCCUGCGGCAUGGCUUCAUGCUGCACACCAAGUACCAGGUGGUCUACCCCUUCCCCACUUUCCAGCCCGCCUUCCAGCUCAAGAAGGACCAGGUGGUGCUGCUCAACACCAGCUACUCCCUGGUGGCCUGCGCCGUCUCGGUCCACUCGGCAGGUGAUAGCAGCUUCUGCCAAAUCCUCUAUGACCACACCACCUACCCCCCGGCCCCUCCCAGCCCCCCUGGGCCCCAGAGCCCAGAGAUGCCCCCUGUCCUCCCCACCCUCUGCCCCGAAGCGGCCCCGGCCCGGCCCUCUGGGGUCCCCGAGCACUCGCCUGCCAUCGCCAAAGCCAAGGAGUUUGUGGCUGACAUCUUCCGCAGGGCCAAAGAGGCCAAGGGUGGGACCUCGGAGGAAGUCCGGCCACCCCCCUGCCCGGGGCCCUCGAGCAGCCGCUGCCGCCUGCCCUCUGAGCCCCUAGCCCCAGGUGGGGAGGCGGUGCCCCGGGACAGCCCCCUUGCAGCAGAGGUGCCCGCCUCCGAGCCUGGAUAUGUCAACUACACCAAGCUGUAUUAUGUGUUGGGGUCCGGUGAGGGGACGGAGCCAGAGGAUGAGUUGGAGGAUGACAAGAUCUCCCUGCCCUUCGUGGUGACUGAUCUCCGCGGCCGCAACCUACGGCCCAUGCGGGAGCAGGCUGCCGUCCAGGGUCAGUACCUGACAGUGGAGCAGCUCACGCUGGACUUCGAGUAUGUCAUCAACGAGGUCAUCCGCCAUGAUGCCACUUGGGGUCACCAGUUCUGUUCCUUCAGCGACUACGAUAUUGUCAUCCUGGAGGUCUGCCCAGAAACCAACCAGGUCCUCAUUAACAUUGGCCUGCUGCUCCUGGCAUUCCCGUCCCCCACCGAGGAGGGCCAGCUCCGACCAAAGACCUAUCACACCAGCCUCAAGGUGGCAUGGGACCUCAACACGGGCAUCUUCGUGACAGUCAGCGUGGGCGACCUCACUGAGGUCAAAGGGCAGACCAGCGGCAGCGUCUGGAGCUCAUACCGCAAGAGCUGCGUGGACAUGGUCAUGAAGUGGCUGGUGCCUGAGAGCAGCGGCCGUUAUGUCAACAGGAUGACCAACGAGGCGCUGCACAAAGGGUGCUCACUGAAGGUUCUGGCAGACAGCGAGCGAUACACGUGGAUUGUGCUGUGAGGGCCCGGCCGCCCUGGACACUGACUCCAACUACCUCCGCGGCCUGGGAGCUGGCCGCCUUCCCGGCAGCCUCUGCCGACCGACCGAUGACCGGCACUAGUGUUAGGCUGCGGGAGGGGGGCUGGGCGGGGCAGCCCCUGGUGGCCUGAGAGUCUGGACGCUUCUUAUUUAUGCCUAUUUAAGUUGGAAAGGGGCAGAGGGAGGGAGCCCCCUGCCCCACCAGCCUUGAGCGCCCGCCUUCACCCUGAGCUGGGCAUGGGUCCUCGUUCCGCACGAGUUUGCCCCUUUUCUCGGCUACAGGUGUGGACGUUGCCCCCCUAGCCCCACCCCAGGGAGGCCAGCCAGAUGGACCCCAUACCCCUGCCCUGUCCACCCCCAGCCUCUCCCCUGACCUGAGGUGGUGAACCUCGUGGCCAUCACACCUUCCCUCCCGGCCCUGUUGUUCCUCUUCACAUAAUAAAUGUUUUAUUUCUGAA